CACUAUUCAAACAGUCCAAAGGUUCGCUACAGAUCAGCUGUGGCAAGAUAAAAUUUACAUUUAUAUAACCUCUGUCAACAAGAAACACGGAACAACGGAGCGGUUGGUAAAACUACAUCUUAACUCUUGCCGAGGAUGCCAUCCCGGAGGACCCAUCCCCUUGCCGUUACCGGAGUGUUGGCGGUGUUGUUGGCGGUGGUCUGUUCGCCCCUGCCCCGAGGGACUGCGGUAGCUGUUGCGGCGAGAUCAAACCGAGCCGUUGAUCCGCUAGUGAACGUUGCAAGAGGCAAACCUGUCAGAGCGAACGUGACCUGCGGCAGCCCUACCGAGGAUUUCUUCCCACACAGCGACUUACUCAAACCGCCGCCAGACAGAAACUUACAGAUCUGUGACGCAAGCAAUCCUGCUCUGGCCCACAAUGCCUCACUGAUGACUGAUGGCAACAGCUCCACCUGGUGGCAGAGCACAUCACUGCAGAAGCUGAAGCUGUCCGGAAACGGCGUUGGAGAUCGAGCAGAGGUCUUUAUAACUCUGGAUCUGGGAGAGACGUACUACCCUGAGACCAUCACCAUCCACAUGGGCGAUACCAUCCGGCCGGGACGGCUGGCCAUCAUGAGGUCAGCUGACGGACUGAACUUUGACCCCUGGCUGUACCUGGUAACCAAUGGCAACAGGGACUGUCGCAUGUUUGGGGUUGCUAAGCAACGAGAUCCGGACAGCCCGGAGUCUGUAGUGUGCAGGCAGUACGCACAGCUGGAGCCGCAGCUGUAUAAUGAACGGAUCACUGUGUCCCUGUCGGAGGUUCCCCCCAGUUUCAGUGAUGAGGCCCUGCUGCGCUGGCGGGCUGUACGGCACCUGCAGCUGCGCUUCUACGACAUGGACCUGGUGAUGGGGAGAUCUGCCGACCAGUUCGACCACUAUGCAGUAUCGGAGAUCUCUGUUAUGGUCCGUUGCGAAUGUAACGGAUUUGGUAAAGGUUGUGAAAUCAGCGCAGACUCCGGCCAGUAUGAGUGCAUCUGCAGCGGAAACACCCAGGGUCCAUUCUGUAAGGAGUGCCAGACCCUGUAUAACCAGCUCCCCUACCAGCCUGGGCAGCCCUGCCAAGGUCAACGAGUUUACCUGACGACCAUCGGCAGCUGGUCCUUUUAUAAGGUUCAGGCUUCCGGACCGAUGACCAGUGCCAACGUCAAGUUCACGUGUGAGGCGGCGGGGAUGAGGUAUCCCUGCUUUGCCUCGGGUCGGUGCACCGGUGGCUGGACCCCGGACUGCAUCAAGUAUGACGACGCCUUCAUCAGCUGUGAAACGCACUGGGUCCUCUCUUUUUACCUGUGUGGACAUGAUAACCCUUAUAGAUGUGAGCCCCUUGAUGACACCUUUGUGUACAUGGAUGACUGGUGGAGUGAUGGCAGCGCCUGUGGGAUGAAAUACAACACGGACAAAUGGUGGUGCGUGACUGGAGCAGACGUUAACAACUUGUACGCCCUGUGUGCAGACCUUAAUGAGUGCGAGCCCUCCCCAUGUGUCCAUGGAACCUGUACCGAUGAUAUCGGGGGCUACACCUGCACAUGUGAGAACGGCUGGGAAGGGACCAACUGUGAUCUAACAUCCUUUAGCGGAGAAUGCUACCAGUUCUCUUCCACCGCUCUAACACACCAGGACGCUACUCAGGCCUGCGGCGCCAAGAAUGGUCACUUGGUGGAUCUGACAGACGAGCAGCAGCAAAGUUUCCUCGCUGACAUGCUGGCGGCGUCCAGUGGAGCUUCUAUCUGGCUGGCCAUCAAAUCAGCACCAACAGCCUUUUUGUACAGUAAUGGCUCUCCCUUUUCAGGUCAAAUCCAGUGGUCGUCAAGUGAACCCGCCGCGCCCUGCGACCUGUGUGUUCUCCUGGACAGCAGCGACAACUUCCUGGCCAGGACAGCACCGUGCACGGAACAGCACAACUACGUCUGUCAGUCUCACAUGAAGCCUUGUGGACAAAACGUCUGCCAGAACGGAGGAAUCUGCACCUCCUGCUUCAACGACACUGCUGCCUUUUGCGACUGUCCUGCUGGGUUUGACGGGAUGACUUGUGAGAUCGACAUUGACGAUUGUGCCUCCAAUCCGUGCCAAAAUGGCGGAAGUUGUCAUGACGACAUCAACUCCUACAGCUGCAGCUGUCCUACAGGAUUCCACGGAGAUCCCUGGAAAUCGAGUGAUGCCUUUCUUUAA